GGAGGCGGCCCCAGCUCGCCGGCUGCCCGCUGCGUGCACUUCGGGCGGGUGGAGCGGGUGCGCCGCGGGGAGCUGCAGAGCUGCCGGGGCCGCGGGAUAUGAGGGGCCCCCGUCUUUGGCGCUGCCCUGCUCGUGGCCGCUGGCGGCCACGCGCUGGUGCUGGGCGGUGCCGCCUCUGCGCCCGCGGGCCGAGGGCGAGGAGGCCGCGGAGGCCGGCGGUGGCGACAUUCGCGAUGUGGCGGCCAGGCUCGGUCAGAUGGCCCGCGGGCUCGGCGUGGGCCUGGACGACGGGCGCAUCAGGGCCGCGGUCCAGGGCAUGCAGGAGGAGCAGGUGUUGCGGUUGCUGGACCUGCUGGGCUCGGCGUGCCUGUGCUUCCUGCAGGCCGCUGGUCCCACGGCCGUGGGCGGCCCGUGGCUCGGGAAGGGCCUGGGGCUGUACCUCACGCAGCAGCUGGGCCUCCUCGCUGGCUCGAUCCUGGAGGUCCGGACCCGCGAUGAGCUGGGGGCUGUGAGCGGCUCGGCGCUGCUGCGGCUCGGCAUGCUGUGGGCGCCAGACGCGAUGGGGACGUGCGCGACGGCGGCCUUCGGCGGUGCGUCCUCUCCAUUCUGCGACUUGCAGUUCGAGGAGGCGUGGGGCGCGCCGACGGGCGCGCCGUUUGUGAACCUCUGCGCUGGCGCCCGCGAGCAGUACAACGCCUCUGCUGGAACUCGCGCCGUGCACCGUGUGGACGUAGCCCGCUCGCGCAGCCCGCUGCUCCUCUCCGAGCCGCGGGCGCAACUGCAGGUGCUGGUCGGCGUGCCCGACUCGCCGGGGGCGCUGGGCGACCUCGCGGCUGGCCCGCGUGAGAGGGCAGUGCUGGCCCAGAAUGUUGAGGAGUUCGAGAAGGCUCUCAAGCGAGAGCAGGAAGGGCGCGCCGACUCCUUCGGCGCCGUGGUCAGGAGGGCGCGUGGCAGAGCAGAGCCCUCACUCGGCGCGCAGCAGGCCGACACCGAGUCGCUUUUUCGCGACGCCCCCUCUGGCUCAGCGGCCCACCGCAUCCAGCAGGCAGCCCGCCUUCGCCCCGGUGCCCUGCUCGAGUCGGGCCUGAGCGAGAUGCCCCGUCUCCUCGGGGAGCGGGUGAAGGCGCCGGGGAUGAGCGUGCGCGACAAGGGCUGGGCCGCGGCCGGCCAGCUGGAACUCGCGAGCGACUGGCGGGCAGCCCCCUCGGCGCCGGGGGCGCCCUUCGCGCCCGAGGUCGAGACAGUGGGCGCGGACCGAGAGCAGGCGCCUCGCGGGGUCAACGCCAGCCGCGUCAGGAGCGCGCAGCUGCAAGACGACGCGGGCGCUGAGCUCGCCGGGGACCGCGUGGCCUACGACGGCGAGCAGAUAGGCGCGGCGGAGACUCUCUCCGCGGAUCAGGCGCUGCCGGCGCCGCCGCCUCGGGGGAUCGCGGCCUCUGUCGAAGCUGCCGACCUCUACGAGGGCGCAGCGCGCAUGGCGCUGCUGGGCGCGGGCGCGAUGCUCCUGCCCGUCCACGGAUGUCUGGCGUCAGCUCGUGGAGGCACGCCGGGCCAGAGGGGCGUCUUCCGCCGGCCCGAGGCGCGAGUGCCAGGUGACAGGGUCGACGGGGAGCUGGGCCGCCAGGAGGCUCCCAAGGGCAAUGUGCUGAAGCUGAUCUCGUUCACCUUGUGGGUCCUGGCGCGGCCUGGCGUCGAUGGCGCGCGCGUCAUCCGCGACUUCGCGCCCGAGGGCGAGACCGCGCUCGAGUGCGUCGGGCGGGCCCCCUGGCAGCGCAGCGAGGACGAGGUUGUCGUCGUGGGCCUCUCCGACGGCAGCGGGGGCGCGCGUGCUGCCUGGUCACUCCUCGGCCUCGAGUGCGCCUGGGGCAAGUGGCUGCUCGUCAUCGGCGGCCUGUCUUGCCAAGGCUUGUCUGGGCCAAACGUGGCCUGGAAAGGCCUGGUAGACCCGCGCUCUGGGCUCAUCGACGAGGGGGUGCGUGUGUUGGGCGUCGUCGAGGAGCUGUUCGACUUGUGGGACUGGGCGUUCAUCUCCGAGAACGUGGACUCCGCCGACAGGUGGGACGUCCACGCGGUGACCAAGCUGCUUGGCGCCAAGCCGGUGCGGUUGCGUGCGAGCCAGGGCUUCCGCCCGCGCCGCCCGCGCCUGCAUCGGCGCUCCUUCGAGCUCAGCACCGAG